ACUACAGAAGUCGAAGCCAACAAGAAAAGUGAGAUAAUGAAGCUCAUCUGCGACUUCCCGUCGCCAAAGUCCCUGCCGGACAAGUACGUGUUGCCGCCGGAGAAACGCCCUUGCAACCACGAGCUACAAGGCGACCUCUCAGUCGCUCUCCCCGUCAUCGACCUCCAAGGAGCUCUUGGAGAUGGCCGGCGACAGGUCAUUGGCGAGAUAAUGGAGGCCGGCAAGGAGUUUGGCUUCUUCCAGGCACGUUGCCUUGUUCGCUUCAUUGCCAUGCAUGCGGUGAACCACGGUGUGGGGGAAGACGUGAUCCAGGGCUUCCGGGAAGCGGCGGCAGAGUUCUUCAGGAUGCCGGCGGAGGCAAAACUCAAGCACUACUCCAACGAGCACAACAAGCAUUGCCGGGUCUUCUCCGGCUCCGUCACGUCCCACACUGACACCAACGACAUCCGCUACUGGCGCGACUGUCUCAAGCUCCGGUGCUACCCGGUCGACAAGCUGAUGCACCAUUGGCCAUCACAGCCAGAAACAUUUCGGGAGCGUCUUGCCAAGUACGCCGUGGCAGUGCAAGAGCUGGCACAAAGGCUCCUGCGACUCAUCGCGGAGGGGCUCGGCUUGGACAGUCGAUUCUUCGAGGGCGACCUCACCGGCGGGGAGACGAUGAUGAACGUGAACUACUACCCGCGAUGCCCCGACCCGAGCCUCACGCUGGGCAUCCGGCCGCAUUCGGACCGCUACAUCCUCACGGUCCUGUCACAGGGCGACGUCAGUGGUUUACAGGUGAAGCACAAGGGACGCUGGAUCGGUGUCCAACCCAUGCACAACGCGUUUGUUGUCAACUUUGGGCUUCAGCUGGAGAUGGUGACCGACGGGGUGCUCACAAGCGUGGAGCACCGGGUGGUGACCAACUCGGCCAAGGCGAGGAUGUCGGUGGCAACGCUUAUCAGGCCGAAUAUGGGCUCCAGGAUUGGUCCGGCGCCGGUGAUGGUGAAUGGAGAGACCAACCAUCGUCCUAAGUAUAGGGACUUCACGGGGAGCGAGCUCAUCGAGGCGUAUGAGGCCACUGCGGGAAAUAGGGAGGCCCUGCUUGAAAUGUUCAGGAUCCAUCACGCCAAGUAGCUAGACCCAACGCCAAACACACACACACACACACACACACACACAUCCUUCGACCAUUGUCUUCUUAAGUUCACAGUGCCGAUAGUCCGUAGUUUAUUACCCCAACAAUAAAUGAUUGUUAAAUCGUGUAUGCUGACCGACAUGUGCAGUCGGUGGUUUUGAUUUUCGAUAUUGUUGUUAUAUUUUGCACUGCAAUAAGGAACAGAGUAAUUGGAGCUCUAAGGACCGACAUGUAGCUUUGUUGUCUCAAAAUUAACUAAUUUGUGAAAUA